AUGAACAUUGAUAAAAAAAUUUAUAUCAUUGAAUAAUUGAUUUAGGAUGCCCACUCAGAUCUCAGAGUCUUGCUACUUAAUGAUACCUUUACAAAAUAUAUUGAAGCAUCCGAUUUGAUAACAAUAGAAUUUUUGUGUUAGAAUGCAAAGCAAUUAUUAUAGAUCCUAUUUGUUAAUUAUGAAGAAAUUCAACCAAUGCAAUAUGAUACUUAUUCAAUUCUUAUUACAAAGGUAUGGGAGAUUAUAGAACUUAAUAUAGAAGAAAUAUUAUAGUAGAUUGAAGUAAUAAAGACUUUAAAUUUUUUAGAUUAAUUUCAAUCACUUAUUUGAGAUAUUAGCAUAUAAAUUUAUACCUGAUGUUCAAUGGGCAUAGGCAUUUAAGAUUCUACAAUUAAUUUAAAAAAGAUCUUAAAUAAUAAUAACAAAUUCAUUAAAUACCAACAAUUUAUUACUUUAACAUUUCUUACCAUAUAUAUAUAAUAAUAGUGUUGCUUAAUUAUUAUUGAUUUAUUUUGAUAAUUAAUUUCAUCAAUAGCAAUUAGACUUUUUGUAGAUUGGAAUAUAAUAAUAUUAGAAUUUUGAUUUCAGUUCAGCCAUUAAUUUUACUUAUUUAAUUCAUGAGAUAAUGGUUCGAAUAUAAACUAAAGAAUUGAUGCAAUAUUUAAUUUCUAAUUAAGUUAUGAUGAUUGCAAAUGAUAUAAUAUAAAAAGAUACACUUCAUUUUAUGUAUUGAAUAUAAAUAUAAAGAGUUCGGAAGAAUGCAGCCCAUAUAAUUUCGUUGAUUUCAAAUUAUUAUUCUUUAGAUUUACAAAAUAUAUAUUUAGAUGAACCUUACAAUUAACAAAUUACAGAAGAAUUCAGGAAAACUGAAUUUUUUAGAAACUUCAAUAUUAUAAGUAUAAAAAAUAUAUUGGAUAAUACUCUUUUGAGACAUUCUAAGGUAGGUUUGUUAGAUGUAAAAUUAAUUGAAGUAAUUAUAUAUAUAUUAUUAAAUUUUAGAUAAUUGAUAAUAUUGUGAGAAUAUCAGAUAUUGAAUUAUGGUAAAGAGUGGAUUAAUCUAAUGUAAUGGAAACUAUAAUAAAUUUGAUUAAGAAAUACAAUCAUUCAGAUAUUCUUAUUUAAUAUUUUUAUAAUAUGAUUGCUUUUAUUUUAGAGAGGGCUUUAAAUGAUUUUCAUCCCUUUUGGUGUCUUUAAUUAUUAACUAAAAAUAAAUUAUAUACAUUGUAAAUCAAAAGAAUUGAUAAAUAAUUAUAUGCUUUUGAAUAAUAGCUAUAAAUUAAACUUAUUAGAGAUAGUGAUUUCUUACCAUAUUAUAAUGAAUUGAAAGUGAUUGAAUCUACAUUAAAAAAAUCUUAAGUUUGGAAAAGUAUCAAAGAAUAUAUUGAAAAAUAUGAGGACAAAAAUAAAUUUAAGUUAGGUGAAGAUUAAGAAAUACCUUAGAUUGAUACACCUUUUAUUAUUUCAGCAAUCUAAGAAGAUUAAUCUGAUGAAAUUAUUGAGCCUUAAAAUAAUAUCUUUAUAGAUUGUUUUAAUAAAUAAUCAAUGGAUAAUCUUAAUAAUAAUGAUGAUUCUGAUGAUGAAAAUAAAAUAGUGGGUACUUUUUCAGGUUUGGAUACUUUAAAUAAAUUGAAAAAUGUAUUUGAAUAGAUGGAUUUAUAAGAAAAAGAAUGCCAAGAUGAUGAUAAUUAAAAAGGAAAAAAGUUUAGAAAUUUAUCAAACUCAUUAAACACAGAAACAACUCAUUUUAAAUAAGAUUUUCAUUAGAGAUGUCUUAGAAGUGAUCAUGAUUAAAUAUCAAGAUUAUCAAUGAGUACAUCAACUCAUCUUAAAAGAUUAAAUAUAAAUUUUGAACAAUUCACAAUCGAAAUUUUCGAAAAUAAAAAAGUAUUGAAAAAUAAAAUCAUAAUGAAGGUAGAUGAAAUUGAUCUUAAAAGUGAUUAAUAGAAAUAUUGA